GGCGGAAAUUUCGGAGCUUGCGCGUUGUCAGCAGUUUGCUUACUCAUGUUUAAUCCUUAUUCUUCUAAUGGAGGGACUGUUAUGGGAAUUGCCGGAAGUGACUUCUCCCUCAUAGCUUCUGACACUCGUCUAUGCGAUGGUGAUUUUGUUAUUCUCUCUAGGAACUCUCCUCGAUUGUUCAAAUUAGGUCCUGGUAAUAUCCUAGGGUGCGCUGGAUUUCACGGAGAUGUUUUAACAUUGACGAAAUUACUAGAAAAUAAAGUGAAAACGUUUCGUUAUGACCAUGGAAAAAACAUUUCGACAAAUGCACUAGCUGGCCUCUUGUCUGUAACUCUUUAUAACAGACGGUUCUUCCCAUUUUAUGUAAGCAAUGUACUAGUUGGUCUAGCUGAAGGCCGUGGUGUGCUAUACAGUUAUGAUCCUGUAGGAUCAUAUGAAUCUGAGGGGUACCGCGCCUCUGGCAGUUCUUCGGCAAUUCUGCAACCAUUUCUGGAUAGCACGGUAGGUUUGCUCUGUUAGAUUUGCUUAUUUCUUAAAGGUUGGGAAUAAGACCUCGAAAUAUCACGUGUCACGUUUGGACAAGGAAACGGCUGUUAAACUUACUCAUGAUAUAUUUAUCAGCGCUGCAGAAAGAGACAUACAGUGUGGUGACAGUGUUAUCAUCUACACAAUCACAAAAGAUGGGUUGAGUGAAGUCUCUUAUCCACUGAGACGCGAUUGAAAACUUUCGGGACUUUGUAUUUCAUACUUUUGGUAUCGCUUGUAAGAUAAUUGUCCUCUGAUUCUUUUCACAAAGCAACCAUUGUGUUCUGAGUAGUUUAAUUCAAAUCUUAUUUCGGUUACCGAGGUCUAAAUUGUGAUUCGCCGGAGAGAUAUAAACUUGCGCUGCUUGUUGUAGUUUACUAAUGUCGAGUUGUGACUCUCUCUCUCUCUCUUUACAUUCCUGAUUAGUUUUCUUCGGCAUCCCAAAGUCUAACUAAACAAAAAAACAUCGCUACUAUGUAUUUGUUAUAUGCACAACAAACCUGUUUUGCAACAUUUGGCACGCUAGUUCCCUAAGUUGACAAAUCGUAAAGUGUCAAUGUGUGCCACAUAACGCCUUGGAUAAAUACCCAAAAGUGGUCAAAACAAAUGCUCGAAUUUUAAAGUUCGGCCAUUUUGCAAUAGCAAAGCGAAUCGUGGUUAUUUUCGAAAUCCAUUUAAAAAUUAAGGGGUAAGUCCGUCUAAAGAAAGGGUUCAGAAUAUCGACUGCUAGUUUUUUAAUGCGUAAUCGUCUAUAAUUAUUUUCAUUGCAAACAAAAUAACUAUUGCGCGUAAUCAUUUAAGUAGAAAAGUACAGGUUAGAAGUACGUAAAACACUCAUAAACCUACUCCCAAGCAGUUUUGAACAUCAGCGACCGGGAUUCCUAUGCCUAUCAGUAGCGUUUUCCGUGUAAUUUUAUUAGGAUUAAAUACGAAUCGUAGUGCGAGGUGAAGUCUAGCAGUUUGAUAUAUUCCUUUAGCCCGCUACACCAUAUGUUUGUAUCCCCACUCUACUCUAGAAUGCAGUUUAUUGGCUACAACACAUUUAAGUUGCAACCAUACACUCCACAUCACUUGCCCCGGUCUAUCCAGUCAUUAACUAAGUAGCUGAUCAGUAUAACUAGCCUUCAUAUCAGCCAGUCAUGUGCAACGUAGAACCUAGCACAUGUGUUCAUCAAACCAAGUUGCCACACACCAUUAGCACAGAGAGAUAAAACUAUCAAGACAAAUCCCAUAGUAGAAGUAAUAACAGUAUCAUUAGUGAUAGGGAAAUUAGGUAUAGAAAACGUGGAAAAGGUAUAAGACAGUCUACAAACUUAAGGUUCAACGUAAGACAAAGCGUGAAUGAACCUGCACCAUUGCGAGCGAUUCUGAGUCAUAUCAUUUGAAGUCCCUAGCCAUUGACUGAGUACCACACAUAGCGUAUCCAGGUAGUCUACACUGACAAACAUCCCUCAGUCCAACUGUAAGUCGCCACGUUUUGAUUUGACCACGGCGAGCUUACUCCUACAGUAAAUAUCCCCCGACAAGUUAGUCGGUGGUUGGGUACACCUAAUACACCAUUUAACUAUCUCGGUCGGUAGAGAUUCACUACCUCGACUGAUUUGCGAACCCUACUUAGUACUCUGUGUCUAAGCACAGCGCUGAUGGCCUCAAAGUACUCCGAACUAUAUCAUUUGUGUAUUGAAAUAAAUAAAUGAAUCCCCUGGUAAGAGGUCAACCACUAAAAAGUCGGAUGGCACAAGCGUUAUCUCUAGGAGGAAGUAAAAUAAAAGUAGACAGGCCUGAGAAACAAAUCAGAACUGGUGAUUCCGAUAAGUCUUCACGUAUAUAUGCCGGCGUCACAUCUAUUUUUAUCUACUGUUGUAAGGUUCAAUAGAUUAAGCGCAUUUAAAAAAAACAUGUCUGCAUACUUGUACAUGUACAUGAUAGACGAACUAAAACGUCAUCUCUGAGGUCUUAGGAUGUUGAAAUACUUCCCAACCGUAACGUUUGUUGAGGAUUAGUAGUAUUGUUUUUGGAAUAACAAUUAUUCAAUUUAUUAUGCUAUUAGUCAUUAUGUUGAAGGGUCAAGGUCUUUUCGUUUGGUCAUCCACGUUUAGAUGCAACUAAACCAUCUUAGUCAACUACUGGGAGAAUAUGGAUCAUUUCUCAUUUAGCCUUGAAGAUACAAUAAUGUAAAUGAACGAAGUACUUUUAUGUAAACCAUGAUAGUAGAAAUACAUAUCAUUUUAUACUAAACAGCUCUCCAUUUCGUAGGAAGUCGUGUAAGUACUAGUUGAGGUAGCAAUAUUGGUGAAGGACAAAGUUAUGACGGUUGUAGAAAAGCUUGGUGGUUUCCACUGAAAGUGCUUAUGGGGUUUCAAGUCUUACUUAUUUUUACGCGAGAUAGAUGAAUGCGUUUACAGCUACAUAGCCAAAAGGAUUUUCCUCGCAUACAGCCAGAAACAUCAUGUAUAAUCUUAGUUAUUUCGUGAUUUUUAACUUGACUGGAUUAAAUAAUAAGAAUGAUCCGUGCGAAUGAUUCAAAUUAAUUUGGCUUGAGGAUCAGCUGACAAGUAAGUUGGAAGAAGGAUUGCAGUCACUUCUAUACAAUUCGUGAAUGUGUAUCCGGUUGUCUCCUGAAUCACAAUGAACUGAUAACAGUUUAAUUGUUUUGACUACAUUAAGUACGGAUUUAAUUCUUAGCGAACACAAAAUAUUGUGGUAACAGUAUUUCGAUGUCUUUUUGAAAUUGUCAUGAUGAAAUACGUGACCUGAAACCCCCAGUUUAAACCAAAGCAUAGAUACGAAUAGCUUAAACUAUAACACAUCUUAAUAAACAUAUAUCCGUUAGCUAAUAUUAAUCCUUCAUCCCACAUUCCAUGCAUAUUAUUUGGGUUUACCAUAUUUUUUAAUAAGUGGUCAAGAUUACGAUGGGUUUCGGGAAACAACCUCGGAUGUUAGUAAUGCUUUGAAGUCAUAGUUUAUAAUCGCUCUUAUUAUCAGAAGUCGGAGCCGAUACUGUACUGAUGUAGAAAAAGAGCGGUACGGUUGUUCCCAAUAAGUAUAUUUUUCAAUCUAUUUGUACAUCUUAUCUUGUUUACCAUAUCGAAGUUUGUGAUCUAGAUCCAAAUGCUGUCAAUAAAAAUGCUAAAUGUACUGAUAUUUCAUUACUUCAAACUUUGCUCCUCAAGAUUUAAUCAUAAGUAACCAUCAUGGAAGCUAUAUCGCUUCAGUAUUGUUACACACGUAAUUUAAAUAAUAUGGAUUAUUUCGAAUAAUUUACCUAACAAGCUGAUUUCAGAACUCAUUACAGUAUGCAUCAUUAAUGAUCAUCCAGGUAGUAAUUAUCAACUUAACAAUCAUGGACAACUGUGCGUUUUUGUUAACUUCGCGGUGGGUUAAUAAGAGUGAAAACAGUACAAAAAAAAACACUAAGACCUUAUCUAAAUGGGUUAUUGUAAACCGCUUACUUGAAGACGUAAAGCCGUAGUGAAACUAAAACUGUUUGGGGUUACUGCUAUGUAGGCAAAGGAUGAAUAAAAAAAUAUAAGAACGAUAUGUGUUAGAAAAAUUGGAUUUAAGGUAUUGUUUUCUAUCUUCAGCUUUAAGGAAACGUCAAAUAAGGUAACUUUUACACAAAAAGUAGUUACGACUCAAAAAUGCUAAAGUCAGAAAAAAGGCGUUUAAAGUCAGUCGGG